CACGUGUAGUCGAGAAAGCAAAGGAGAUAAAUAUACAUUCAGCACCUCACUUCUCACUACAGGAACGUGCAGUAGAAUUCUCUAAACACACACAAACAACAAAAAAUGGCAGCACAAGGAACAUGCCUUAAUCAUGUCUCCCGAGAAUCCUCUGAUAUCAAACGCCUUGCCCAAUUUUACAUUGAGAUAUUUGGGUUUGAGAAAGUGGAAGCACCAAGAUUUGAGUUUGAUGUGAUAUGGUUGAAGCUGGCACCAUCUAGUUUCUACCUUCACCUUAUCGAGAGGGACCCCAGUACGAAGCUUCCAGAAGGUCCCUGGAGUGCCACGUCAGCCGUAGCAGACCCGAAGAAUCUGCCUAGAGGUCACCAUGUCUGCUUCUCCGUCUCCAAUUUCGAUUCUUUUGUUCACACUCUCAAGGAGAAAGGAAUUGAAGUUCACGAGAAGACUCAACCAGAUGGCAAGACCAAACAAGUUUUCUUCUUUGAUCCAGAUGGAAAUGGUUUGGAGGUAAGCAGUGGGGCUCCUGCUUCGUGAACAAUGACCAAGUUCUUGGUUCCGCGUACUUGGUAGCUGUAGAGUUUAGUGUAUAGUAAACCCUCAGGAAACAUUAGCUUGGAUGAUGAAGCUGUGUGAAAUUGCUUAUUAUUAUGAAAAUACUUGUGGUGUUUACUUAUUAACCUGCUUUCUCCUUGCAUUGGCUCCAAGAAGCUUGUACUCUGAUUGUAGCCUGUGACAGAUGGUAAGAAAUGAAGCCAAAUUGACAGCCGCAACGAAUGUAUGUAGAUCGAUAUUUUAAUAAGUCAAUACUAGUGGAAUAAGUAGUUGUAGAACGA